AUGCCUCGAUUGCGAUCGCCCUACUCUGCGAAUGGGUCGCAGGGUAAUUCACCAGAUAGAGGUACAGGGAAUGGCGUAAAUGGAAAUUUUGAUGGCAUGCCCCUCGGAGCAAUGGAUGAGGCUCGACGACCGUCGGUACCUGCAUCGCAGGCACCUUCACCUCCGGCUUCGAUCGCAAACUCUCGUUCAAGUGAUGGCACAUUGUCCGACCAGCAGAGUAUGAAGUAUAGACGAAUGGAAGAUCAACUUGCGCAACAUUAUGAUGUCCUGAAGAGGUACCUAAACGGAGGACAGCCACAACCCCCUCGACCGAACAAAGCAAGAGAUAAACUGCUCCGAUUGUCAGCAACUCAAUUUCAUGAGCUGAGUACAGAUGUGUACGACGAGCUCAUACGGCGACAAGCAGCAACCCCCCCACGACCCCCUCCCGGUCGGCCUCCUCAACGACCCCCAAAUGUUCCUCCUUAUCUGCUACCUCGAGCCGAGUUUCACGAGAAACGGAACCAGGCGCGGCAGAAGCUUUCUUCAUUGCAGCCGCAGCGCUUCCGUGACCUGGCUACCGACGUCUUCUGUGAACUAGAAAGGAGAUUUCCACACUUCAGAAACAUGAACUUGAGCCGGCGAGGGAGUCCAUCAUCCAGCAUACAUGGGAGCCUUCCUUCUCGAGGACCAACUCCUAACGGUCUCCGCCCUGGGCCACCUGGAUCAACCGCAUUUGGCCGUCCUCCUCGAGGAGUUUCUGGUGGAGGACCCGGGUCGCCCCCCGUAGGUUUCCGGAUGAAUGGCCAGCGGCAACCUGUAAGAGAGGGUUCGCUAAGUAGCCCUCCGCCUGGAGCGGAGGGCUUUGGUGAAAAGAGUGCGCUUAGCCCAGAAAGUGACUAUGGAAAGCCAAUGCCGAAACAAUUUCAGAGUAAUACUAUAACUCCUAAUAAAAGUACUAUGGUGGAGGAUGAAGAGGACGAUUUUGCAAUAUAUGACGAACCGUAUGAGAACGACAGACAAAGUGAUGCAUUUGGCCUGGAUGGUCAAGCUGGUGUGGGCACAGAGAGCCCAAGGGACACAACUGCAACAACGCGAAGUGGAUCGGGCUCCGUGAUGAACGCGAAGCUCGCAGAAGCUCAUUCCAAAGCCAAAGAGUUGCAGUCCAGGAUAGAGGAGCUGGAAAUCAGCUUGAGCCUCAAGGACGAGGAAAUUGGUAGGUUGCAGGACGCGGAGCAGAGUCGCUCGACGGAAAGUGAUUGGAUCGAUGUGAAGCAGGACUUGGAGAAGAGGCUGGGAGAUGCGGAGUCGCUAAAUCGUUCGAUGAAAGAUCAGCUAGAUCGAGCCCACACUGACCAGGCAAAUGUGGAACGAGAUCUGCGCUCACAGCUGGACAAGGCAAAACGCUCGCAAGCAAGUGAUGGUGGUUGGAAAGCAAAGUACGAUCAGCUGGAAAGUGAACAUAAAGCCUUGCAAGCAAAAUUGCGAGAGCAGCAGCACGUUACCGAAGAAGUGAGACAGCAAGCUUCCGGGUUCCUGAACGAGAUGCGCGUGAUGGCAGAGAGUGGAGGAUCCAACUGGGAAAGGGAAGAUAAGCUCAGAAACGAUGUGAGAAGACUCGAGGAAGAGGUCAAGGAAUGGAAGGGCCGCUAUGCAAAGUUGAAGGCUCAACUACGUAACUUGCGCGCUUCUUCCAUUGGUCUGUCAAUGCAGAGGCCGGACGCGGCUCGAUAUGUGAAGGCCGAUGAGUUUACUCAAUCUGACGGCCUGGUGAAGGAUGUACAUGUCACCAAGUUCCAGAUCUCAAUCGAUGAACUACUGAGGAUCGCCCGGACCGAAGACCCAUCGGCUGUGCUGGAACAUAUGAAGUCUGUCGUGGUAGCCGUUCGAAGCAUUACGAGCGAUGUUGAUGCUGCUGGCAUGGCUGAUAAGGAUGACGAGAAAGCGCAUCGACGAGGUAGGCUGAAGUCCAAGGUGUCAGCUACAGCCAACAAUGUCAUCACCGCCUCGAAAAACUUUGCUUCCUCGAACGGCAUUUCGCCUGUCAGUUUACUGGAUGCAGCUGCUAGUCAUCUGACGAUGGCGGUCGUCGAGCUGGUGCGGGUGGUCAAGAUUCGACCUACGCCGCCGGGAGAAGUGGACGACGAGGACGAAAUAGUGGCGAACACGGAAUCAAUGAAAGACUCUACCUACUUCAAUGUCGAGCCCAGCCACAUGAGGAACCAGAGUGCCAAUGACAGUAUCUACAGUGCUGUUAGCACACCACAUGGGAGUGUCGGUUCAUCUGGCGCGAAUACAGCCACGCAUUUGACAUCUGGGUCAAAAAGUAGUAAUGGCAGCACUACUACAACAGGAUAUGGUGGACCUGGCGAAUCAGAUCCAGCAGGCGUACAGCUCGGAUUUGGCAUGAGAGCUCAGGAGGAUGGGGAGUUGGAAGAUCUCAAGCUCUACUUAGAAGACCAAACCGACUCCCUAGUCCAUUCUAUCCAAACGCUCGUGGGCUCCAUUCGUGCUGAAGCCGACCUGCCUCAGAUUCGCACACAUAUUUCUACCAUCGCCGACGUUGUCGGGGAAGUCAUCACCGCAACCGGGGACUCCAUAGCCUCGUCCGCAUCGCUCCGUGCAAGCGUUGAACCGAUCGUCCUCAAUCUCACAAACUGCAGGUCGAGACUCAUCAGUGCCAGUGCCGAAAGUGAAGCCCUGAGCGAGAAGAAGCGAGUGAAAGACUUCCUGUCCCAAUUGCCGCCUUUGGCUUUCGAGAUCGCGAGGGAAACGAAGGAGCUGGUGCAAAGGGUUGAAGAAACUGAUCAGGAAGUGGGACAAGGUCAGGAUUACUCGUGA